AUGUCGGCCACCACCACCUCCACGACGAUCAAGCCUAGCAAGGCCAACAUCGGCGUCUACACGAACCCAGCACACGAUCUAUGGGUAGCUGAUGCCGUGCCCUCCUGCGAAGAGGUCGAGAAGGGCGAGAGCCUGCAACCGGGCGAAGUCACCAUUGCGAUCAAGAGCACAGGUAUCUGCGGAUCAGACGUCCACUUCUGGCACGCCGGCCGCAUCGGCCCCAUGGUCGUGGAAGACACGCACAUCCUCGGCCACGAAUCCGCAGGCAUCGUCGUCGCCAAACACCCUUCCGUCAAAACGCACUCGAUCGGCGACCGCGUGGCCGUCGAACCGAACAUCAUCUGCAACGAAUGCGAGCCCUGUUUGACGGGGCGCUACAAUGGGUGUGAAAGCGUGCAGUUCAGGUCCACGCCGCCUAUACCGGGGUUGUUGCGGAGGUAUGUGAACCACCCCGCGGUCUGGUGUCAUAAGAUUGGGGAUAUGAGCUUUGAAGACGGGGCGUUGUUGGAACCGCUCUCCGUGGCGCUGGCGGGGAUGCAGAGGGCGAAUAUUACACUCGGGGACAGUGUGUUGGUGUGUGGAGCUGGGCCGAUUGGCCUGGUGACGCUGGCUUGUGUGAAGGCGGCGGGAGCGGAGCCGAUUGUGAUUACGGAUAUUGACGAGGGGCGGUUGAAGUUUGCGAAGGAGUUCUGUCCGAGUGUGAGGACGUUGAAGGUUGAGAUGGGCGACUCGCCGGAGCAGUUUGCGGAGAAGGUGGUGAAGCUGGCGGAUGGGGUUGAGCCGGCGAUUUGCAUGGAGUGCACUGGUGUCGAGUCCUCGAUAUCUGGAGCUAUUCAUGCGGCGAAGUUUGGAGGGAAGGUGUUUGUGAUUGGUGUCGGACGGCCCGAGAUCAAGGUGCCUUUUAUGCGGUUGAGCACGAGAGAGGUGGACCUACAGUUCCAAUAUCGAUACGCCAACACCUGGCCACGAGCUAUUCGGUUACUGCGAGGAGGUGUGAUAGAUCUGACGAAGCUGGUUACGCAUCGAUUUAAGCUGGAAGAGGCGGUAGAGGCGUUCAAGGUGGCAGCUGAUGCGAAGCAAGGCGGCAUCAAGGUGAUGAUACAGAGUAUGGAGGAUGGGGAGAAGUGA